AUGGCGACCAACGCAGAUGGCGUCCCCCUGGCCUACUACGAGGCACCCAACAGCCUGGUGGACAUGAACUCGCAGACAUCCCAGGGGCUGCUCGCGAUUGGAUCUCUGGCCGUUAUCUCGCUGCUCUUCACGUCGGCGCUGCUCAGCUUCAUCUCGUGGCGCAUGAUCUCGUGGCGAUCCCACUACACGAGCUUCAUCGGCCGCAACCAGAGCGUCGUGCUCAUCUACCAGCUCAUUCUGGCCGACUUCCUGCAAGCGCUCGGCUUCAUCAUCUCCUUCCACUGGACGUCCCAGGGCAGCAUCACGGGGCCGAGCGGGGCGUGCUUUGCCCAGGGAUGGCUCAUCCAACUCGGCGAUGUCUCGAGCUCUUUCUUCGUCCUGGCUAUCGCCUGCCACACGACUUACCAGAUCAUUCUUUCGAGGAGUCUUUCCUACAAAUCAUUCGUUAUUUCCGUUCUCGGCGUAUGGGGAGCCGCUCUGCUGCUUAGUUCGCUUGCCCCUAUCAUAGGGGGCCGUUACAUCUUCAUGAGAGCUGGUGUCUGGUGCUGGAUCUCGUCAAACCACGAGGACCUGCGUCUUGUACUUCAUUACCUCUGGAUCUUUAUUGUCCAGUUCGGCUCCAUCCUCAUCUACACGGCCGGCUUCUUGUACCUGUUCCGUAACAAGCGCCCCGGCGCCAUUAUGAUUCAGGGCGCGAGCGUGGAGGCACUGAACAAGGCGGCGAGAUCCAUGUUGGCCUACGCCCUGGCUUACACCAUCUUGACUCUUCCUCUUGCCGCCGGCCGUAUGGCAAGCAUGUCCAACAACUCAUUGUCCGACGCAUACUACCUCUUUGCGGGAGGCCUCUUCACCUCCGCCGGCUGGGUCGACACCGUUCUCUAUGCUUUCACCCGCCGCACAAUUCUCUUCAACGAACUCGACCUGAUGGGCCACCACCAGCAAGACUUCGACAACCGAGGUGCCACUGGCAACUUCCCGAGACAGGGCAGCACCGACGAUAUGUUGGCGGAAGGCGGGUAUGGACGGUUUGGUGGCAUCAAGACGGAGAGGACUGUGAAGGUCGAGUUGGACGACCUGGAGAGUCAGGGAAGCCAGGAUGGAGAGACCAGCAAGUACCACCACUCGGCGACGGCAUACGCUACCUAG